AUGCUGCUUUCAACUCAUACGCCGAGGAAUAUCAAGGCUGCAAAAUCUUCGUCCAAGAAUGUUAAUCUUCUGACCCAAAACUUGAAGGUGCUGCACCAAAGGGUGGUGCUUGACGUUGAUCUUUCAAAAGAUCGCCUCUAUGGAUUCACAGAGAUCACCAUCAUCCCACACGUCAAUAAUUUGAAACAUGUGAAGCUUGAUUGUAGAGAAAUGAAGAUAAAGGGGGUUACUGUUAAUGGAAAAAAGUCAAACUUCGUGUUUCAAGACUAUCUCUACUUGAAUGAACACAAAGCCGACCCUAAGGUGGUCAAUUUAUUUGACUAUUAUAGUGAUAACAUAGGGAUAAAUCAGCAUCAUAUGAUUAAGCAGAAGCUUGCAUACAUAUUUGGAGAGCACAACUACGAUCCGAGAGACCCUCCGAAGGAACACACUAAUGGUAAUACUGAAGAGCUAUCUGUAUUGAUUCCAGACUCAAUCAAGCUAGAGCUAACCAGUGAGGCUUCAUUGAUGACUCCAGGUAGUCGACCUGGCGUGGCCCCUGGAGCAGGACCUGGCUCUGUCGCUCAUUUCCACCUAACUGGAACUCCUAUGAGGACCAACAAAAAUACAUUCUCAAUGGAGACCUACACACCGCUUGUAAUUAAAAUAGAAUACGAAAUAAUCAAUCCCAAAAAUGGAGUUAAUUUUGUCACUAGUGACAAGCAGAACAAACGAAACUGGCAUGCAUAUACAAUGAAUUCUGAGUAUAAUAUAUCGACAUCUUCAUGGGUUCCCUGUAUUGACAACUUGUGGGAGAGGCUGACAUGGAGUAUGGAAUUGAGUAUUCCCAGGACUGUAAAUGACAUUGGAUUCGAAAGAGUAAUAGGGACAAAAGAAGCCAUGAUAAAAAGGAAGAAAAAGAAACCAAGAAUUAUACAUGAAGAUGGAGAAGUGGAUGUUAACGAGGAUGUAGAGGGUGAAGAUGACGAAGACAGUGAUGACGAAGAAGAUGACAACUACGAUUUAUCAGUUUGCACUGGAGAUUUCAACAACAUCAAGGAAACACCUCACCCCAUAGAUUUGUCUAAAAAGGUUGUAAUGUGGUCUAUAUUCAAUCCUAUAUGUGCGCAUCAUAUUGGAUGGGCAGUGGGUCCCUUUGAGAGUGUAACUUUACCUUCAACUAAACAGGAAACAGAAGAUGCUGGUAACAGCGGAGGUGGUUUAGAUUCAGGAAACAUCACCAAUGAUGGUGAUGAUGAUAAGGACAAUGGAGACAUCCCAUUAACAGUCUAUUGUUUGCCUGGCGCAAGGGAGUUGGCUUUAAACCUGUGCAUAUUUUUCAAUAAGUCGAUGGAUUUCUUUCUGAAAGAGUUCGGUUCCUAUCCCUUUUCAUCAUACGCAAUGGCAUUCGUUCAACGUAACCCGUCCACUAAUCAUGACUUUGCGGGACUUUCCAUAUGUAGUGACAAAUUAUUAUACCCAGCUGACUUGAUUGAGCCCAUUUUAACGUCGACAGAAUUGUUGUUGGAAUGCAUAGCAGUUCAAUGGUCUGGUAUUAAUGUGGUUGCCCAACAAUUCAAUGAUCUCUGGUGCACCAUUGGUAUUACAAAGUAUAUGUCCAUGCAAUUUAUUCGAAAAUUGAUGGGAAAUAAUGAGUAUCGAUUCAGAAUAAAAAGCCGAAUGAAUGAGGUGGUAGAGCUGGACAUUGGAGACAAAAAUCCAUUAGCAUUACAGUUUUUCAAAUUCCCAACAUCAACAAACGAUUUUGACUUCAUCAAGUUGAAAGCGCCCUUAGUUUUAUUUAUUCUCGAUAAAAGAAUGACGAAGACAGAUAAGUCUUUUGGGUUAUCUAGAGUCUUGCCUAAGAUUUUCCUUCAGGCUAUGUCUGGAGAUUUACCCAAUGGUACUCUAUCUACCCUGCAUUUCCAAUAUGUUUGUGAAAAAGUGAAUAGAAACAAAUUAGACUCCUUCUUCAAGCAAUGGGUGUAUGGUGCAGGGGUUCCGAUUUUCCAUGUUACCCAGAAGUUUAAUAAGAAGAGAUCAAUGAUUGAAAUGAGUAUUAGACAAGUACAACAGCAAGAAACCAAGCAAUUACACCCCAAACCAGAGACAUUCAUAAAUGACUCUGUGGCAUUCUUAGAAGAUGAACCUUCAUUUAUGAUUAGACCUGUAUUUUCUGGUCCUAUGACUAUAAGAGUCCAUGAAGCGGAUGGUGUGCCAUAUGAACAUAUAGUGGAAAUUAAAGAAGGGAAUGUUAAGUUGGACAUUCAAUAUAAUUCUAAAUUUAGAAGAAAGAAAAGAGACGAUGAUGAGCCUGUUACUAUCGCUUCUAACAAUGACUUUAGCAAGCUUGGGGAUGUUCUUACGUCUCAAAGACAAGCCGAUGAAUGGGGAUUAGUAGAAUGGACAACUCGAGAUGAUGAGGAAAUCUACAAUGAUGCAUUUGAAUGGAUUCGGGUUGAUGCUGAUUUCGAAUGGAUCGCCAAGGUAUUUGUUCAACAACCUGAUUAUAUGUAUGGCUCUCAACUUCAACAUGAUCGUGACGUUGAAGCUCAAUAUGAGGCUAUUAGGUACUUUGGUGAUCGUGAAAAGACAACCCCCACUCAUUGUACUGUCUUGACUAGAACUAUUAUGGAUAAGAGAUAUUACUAUGGGGUAAGGAUUGCGGCAGCCAAGGCGUUGGCAGAAUUGUCUAAAGCUGGUAAUUCCUUCAUUGGUGUGAAAUAUCUUAUUAAAAUUUUCAAAGAAUUAUACUGUUUUAAAGGAUCAUCGAUCCCGAAAAGCAAUAAUUUCAGUAACUUCAAUGAUUUCUUCCUACAGAGAUCCAUUCCUGAAGCUUUGAGUCGUAUAAGAGAUGAAGAUGGAAAUGUACCUUUUAUUAUCAAAAAUCUUCUAUUAAAUUUGGUAAAGUUUAAUGACAAUUCAAAUAAUGAAUUCCAAGAUUGCCUUUAUGUGAGUGAUUUGUUGAUAGCUUUGACUAAUGCUACAUUACCCGAAAGUGGUAUUGAAGGAGAAACAACAAGUACCGAUGAGCAAAGUAAGAAGUUUGUGAAUGAUGUCAUAGUCGAAAUUUCUAGAAUUCAAAAAUUGGAUGAAUGGGUUCCCUCCUACCAAUCUGUCGUAUCGGUUACAUGCUUAAGACAGAAAGUUAGGUUGACAGUACAAAAUAAAUUCAAGUUACUGUUCGAAGACUUAUUGUUUUAUACUUUGGCAAAGCAUCAUGAAGAUGUUAGAAUUGAGGCUUUUAGGGGGUUAUUUAUUUUGGGUGCGUUGAAGAACAAAAGUAUUUUACAAUAUUACCUCAGUGUAAUAUUGCUUGGUUCUGACGGCCCUUACUUCCGGAAAAGAUUAAUUGAAGUGUUAUCAGAAUCUAUAUGUAUUAGUGCCAUUAACGGGACACCUUCUACUUUGGAUGACGCUGAAUUUAGACCUUUUGAUAAGUACAUAGAUGAACGUUCUAAUUCUGCAGGAACAGGAGAAAAUGGUACUUUAUCUACUACAAGUGGAAUUGUGAUUGAAGAUGGUGGAUCUCUGAAAGCAGAAAUACAUGCAAGAAGGGAUGCAUUUGCAAGAGCUACGUUACAAGGUGCUAUUGAGAUUCUUCGUAGAGAUUAUGCCAUAGGAAAGGGGUUAAAAGAAACCCUUUGGGAAUUGCUUCAUAGCUCAUUAUUAAGUAUAUUUGAAAGAAGAAAUAUCUUUACAUUGUGUGAAUUGUUAUACCAAGAGGCAGAUUCUUUCACUAUUAGCUUGGAAAUUCCACCAUUACCGUUCGAAGAGAUGAAGAAAAAAAUCGUGGUUAAAAAGCUUGGGCAUGGAAAGAUUUUGAUGAAAAGAGAAGGAAGAAAUAAGAUUCUUUUUGGAAAGAAGGAAGAGCCGAAAAAGAGUAUAGUUCCAGAGAUCAAGCCUGUUACGAGCAAUGAUAUCCCCCCACCUUCUAAAAAGGUGGAACCGCCAGCUGCUGCUGGCGGUGAAGUGAAAUUAAAAUUGAAGCUUGGCGGUUCUGGCUCAAGUAAGAAACCACUUUCCAUUAAUUUGUCUAAACCUAAGGAAAAAGCCGCUGCUCCACCACCUCCUUCUCCAGUACAACAUGCACCACCUAAAAAGGAACGCAAGCCCCCUGCUGCAACACAGUCCAAAGUUAAUAAAUUGGUCCGGGUCAACAAGAGUAACAUUAUUUUCAAGCUUUCCAAGGCCAAAUUGAAGAAAACAAUUAACAAUGUGUCAGUAUUCGAUUUGCCGGCUCGAAAUAAGCAAAACGUAGAAUCCUUGGUCCAAAUCGACGGAACUAAGAUUGUGAUUUCUUUAGCAAAGAAGAACCUUGCCAAUGGAGCAACCCAUAAAGUUACAUCAACUAAAGAAGAAGAAGGAGAAGCAGAAAAUAGAAAUGAGAAUGGAAAUGGAAAUGCAAUUGCAUCUGCCGGUGCUCCAAGAUACGUGAGGAUUCUGCUCAAGGAAGGUAAGGCAUAUGUCUCAGCUAACCCGUUCACCUAG